GUGCUACAGUAGCGCACAGUAACUGAUACCUUUUACUCUGCUAGGUGGUCGGUUAGCAACAUUAACCGUAUGUCUGAUACGUUUAUCGUAGAAGAACCACCGAUAGUGGCGAUAAAAGUGUCUAUAACAUCUUUAAAGUGGAUAUUGAGCGCAAAUAUAGCAAAUUUGUGUGUGUGUUGUUAAGAUAGUGAGGUAAACGUUCGCGGUGUGAAACCGGUAGCUUAGCCGGCUAAUCAGGACGGGUGUGUUAGCAACAAAAUAAAGAACACACACACAUACAGUAUAUAAGUUGACAGCACAAGAGUGAGAGAGAGGAGACAUGGGGUCCAGAGCAUCGUCACUUCUCAGGGAGGAGGACAUUGAGGAAAUUAAGAAGGAAACUGGAUUCUCACACAGUCAGAUCACUCGGCUCUACAGCCGAUUCCACAGCUUGGACAAGGGUGAGAACGGUGCUCUCAGUCGUGAAGACUUCCAGAGAAUUCCAGAGCUGGCCAUCAACCCUCUUGGUGAUCGGAUAAUCAACGCCUUCUUCUCAGAGGGAGAGGAUCAGGUGAACUUCCGAGGCUUCAUGAGGACGUUGGCCCACUUCCGGCCAGUCGAAGACAACGAGAAGAACAAGGACCCGAACAUUGAGCCACUCAACAGCAGGAACAACAAACUGCUCUUUGCCUUCCGUCUCUAUGACCUGGACCGAGAUGAUAAAAUCUCUCGAGAUGAACUACUCCAGGUGCUGCGGAUGAUGGUCGGUGUGAAUAUUUCGGACGAGCAGUUGGGCAGCAUCGCAGACCGGACCAUCCAGGAGGCCGAUACCAACGGAGACAUGUGCAUCUCCUUCAGCGAGUUCAUCAAGGUGUUGGAGAAAGUUGACGUUGAGCAGAAGAUGAGCAUUCGCUUCCUGCACUAAUGCAUCGCUGCUGUCCCGCUGUUGGUCUGACGCAUUUCGGUCUCCUCGGCUCCGAUUACUCCUGUUAUGGCCGUCGUCGAUUUGUCUUCUAUAUAUUCCUUUUUUCUGUGAAAUCAUAGCUCGCAAUCACACUCUUGUUGUUGUUCGGAUCAAAGGGAAUAUUCACGUGCCUUCAGUUGUCGAGCCGGUCAGCCACUGUAUUUAUUCUGGACAAUUCCUGGUUUGAACCCAGCUCUCUUGUUGUUUCAUGCAACGUAGUAGAUGUAGUGAUGGAGUGCUUUCAAAACGUAACUUGGGUUAUUUUAUUCAAAGCCAAAUCUUUCGCAUUUAAUGUGAAAUGUCUGUCUUAAUCUUAACACGCACUAACUUUACAUUUCGCUUUAUUGCAUUAAAAUGUUCUUUUUAUUACAUUUUUUUUCUUCAAUAUUAUGUGAGAGCUCAGGAUAUGUAAUUGUGACACAUUUGCACAUAUCCUCGCCCUAAAACAUUUGCUUAUAUGGGAGAUUAAAUAAGCAAACGAAUUAAGGCUUCAUGUGGAGUCUUGUCUCUUGGUAUUUAAACAUUUCCUAAAAAAAAGCAUCCCGAAGCUUUCGGCUUUGCUUUUUAAGACACUAGCACAUGGAGACAUGGAGUCCGAUGGCCUUCUGAUUCACACAGUCAGUCAAGGUUCAGUGAACUGUGCAACUUCACACAAAGCACCACUGUCAAUGUGCUGUAUUUUUUAACUGCCUCCGGCGAUCAAAUGUCGUUUGUUUAUAUUGCGCACAUUUCCUGCUUUAGAAGCUAUAAAUUGCUGAUUAUGAAAAUUCUCUGUGAUCAGUAGGGCUUGCUGUUUCUCGCUCCGUGUACACGUCUGUAUGAUGUCAUGUCUAGUCACUGAUUGUGAUUGUUGGCUUGUAACUCUAAGCAAUGGACAAAUAAAUCAGUUCCAUUAUUUUAUUACUCAGUGGGAUUUGUUAGUUGUAUAUUCUGUCAUACAGACAUUAUGGGGAGUGAAAGAGAAGUGUGAUUUUGGUCAAAUAAAAGUUGAAGUGCCAUAUU